AUGGAGUACGAAAAAGAUCCAGCAUGGCCUUAUUUACGGCAAUCGAACGAGCAGAUGAUUGCGGAUCAAUCGAAACCGUAUGAUUCGAAAAAAAACGUAUGGAUUCCAGAUGCGGAGGAUGGUUACAUCGCAGCUGAAGUAAAAGCUACUAAAGGGGACAUGGUUACUGUAGUUUCCGGUCGAGGAAAUGAAAUAACGCUGAAAGCAGAAAUCGUGCAAGAGAUGAAUCCUCCUAAAUUUGAAAAAACUGAGGACAUGUCAAAUUUGACAUUUCUUAACGAUGCUUCUGUCUUACACAACUUACGAGCACGUUAUGGUCAAAUGAUGAUUUAUACAUAUUCGGGAUUGUUCUGUGUUGUAAUCAAUCCUUAUAAGCGGUUGCCAAUUUAUGAACCAUCAGUGGCGGAAAUGUAUAUGGGUAAACGGAGGACUGAAAUGCCACCACAUUUAUUCGCUGUAUCUGAUGAAGCCUACCGCAAUAUGUUAAUAGAUCAUGAAAAUCAAUCAAUGUUAAUCACGGGAGAAUCUGGCGCUGGAAAGACUGAAAAUACCAAAAAGGUCAUUGCCUACUUUGCCACUGUAGGUGCAUCUCAACAAGAAGCAGCUCAGAAAGCAAACAAGCAACCAGAAGCAGCUCCAGAUCAGCCAGCAAAAAAGAAAGUCACUUUAGAAGAUCAGAUUGUGCAGACAAAUCCUGUUUUGGAAGCAUUUGGUAAUGCUAAAACUGUUCGUAAUAAUAAUUCAUCACGAUUUGGCAAAUUCAUUCGAAUCCAUUUCUCUAAAAAAGGUCGCGUUGCAUCCUGUGACAUCGAGCAUUAUUUACUGGAGAAAUCACGUGUAAUUCGACAGGCACCUGGUGAAAGAUGUUAUCAUAUCUUUUAUCAAAUCUUUUCUGAUCACAUUGCAUCGCUAAAGAAAGAUUUAAUGCUGGACAAACCUCUAAAAGAUUAUUACUUUGUUGCACAAGCAGAACUCACUAUUGAUGGUGUGAAUGAUAAGGAAGAACACAAAUUGACAGAUGAAGCGUUUGAUAUUUUGCAUUUUACUCCAGAAGAAAAAAUGAAUUGCUAUAAGUUAGUAGCAGCAAUGAUGCAUAUGGGGAAUAUGAAGUUCAAGCAACGUCCACGAGAAGAACAAGCAGAGCCUGAUGGUACUGAUGAGGCGGAGAAAGCUUCUGCCAUGUAUGGUUUAAAUCAUGAAGAGUUUCUGAAAGCUUUGACUAAACCAAAAGUUAAAGUGGGAAAUGAAUGGGUGCAUAAAGGUCAAAACAUUGACCAAGUUACUUGGGCUGUUGGAGCCAUGGCCAAAGGCUUGUAUUCAAGAACCUUCAACUGGCUUGUUAAAAAAUGUAAUAUUACACUAGAUCAAAAGGGUAUUUCGCGGGAUUUCUUCAUUGGAGUUUUGGAUAUUGCUGGAUUUGAAAUUUUUGAUUUUAACUCAUUCGAGCAACUCUGGAUCAAUUUUGUAAAUGAAAAAUUGCAACAAUUUUUCAACCAUCACAUGUUUGUGCUUGAACAGGAAGAAUACGCACGUGAGGGCAUUCAGUGGACAUUUAUUGAUUUCGGCUUAGAUUUGCAAGCUUGCAUUGAAUUAAUUGAAAAACCAUUAGGAAUUCUGUCAAUGUUAGAUGAAGAAUGUAUUGUACCUAAAGCAACUGAUCUUACUCUUGCACAAAAAUUAAACGAUCAGCAUUUGGGCAAGCAUCCUAAUUUUGAAAAACCGAAGCCACCGAAAGGAAAGCAAGGUGAAGCACAUUUUGCUAUGAGACACUAUGCGGGUACUGUGCGAUACAAUGUAUCAAAUUGGCUUGAGAAGAAUAAAGAUCCUCUCAACGAUACUGUAGUUGCUGUGAUGAAGCACUCAACCGGAAACGCAUUACUGAACGAAAUCUGGCAAGAUUAUACAACACAAGAAGAAGCUGCUGCUGCUGCUAAAGAAGGCGGACCAGGUAAGAAGAAGGGCAAGUCAGGAUCAUUCAUGACCGUUUCUAUGUUGUACCGUGAAUCACUAAAUAAUCUGAUGACGAUGUUGAACAUGACACAUCCACACUUCAUCCGUUGUAUUAUUCCCAAUGAGAAAAAAACAUCUGGUUUGCUGGAUGCAGCUUUAGUACUGAACCAGUUGACAUGUAAUGGUGUGCUGGAAGGUAUUCGUAUCUGCCGCAAAGGCUUCCCAAAUAGGAUGUUGCACAAAGAUUUUAAAAUACGUUACUCAAUACUAGCCGCAGAUGAAUCAGUUAGUGCAACGGAGCCGACUAAAGUAGCGAACGCAAUGCUCGAUAAACUCGUUAAGAAUGGUGUUUUAACACAAGAGAACUUUCGAAUUGGUGAAACAAAAGUAUUCUUCAAAGCAGGUGUAUUAGCUCACUUGGAAGAUGUUCGAGAUGAAGCACUAAAAUCUGUAAUAACGAAACUACAAGCGCAAGUUAAGUGGUAUUUGGGUAUAAUUGACAGAAAACGACGCAUUGAGCAGAAAGCUGGCAUGAUAGUUUUACAACGCAAUGUGCGAAGUUGGUGCUCGUUAAGAAUGUGGAAUUGGUUCAAGUUGUAUACUAAUGUACGACCAAUGUUGAAGGAAGGCAAGAUUGCUGAAGAAAUGGAAAAACUGCAAGAGAAACUGAAAUCUCUAGAAGAAACACUUCAGAAAGAAGGAAAUUUGAAAAACGAACUAGAUGAAUCUUCCAAAAAAAUGGAAACUGAAAAAGCUGAAUUAUUUGAGCAACUUGAAGCUAUCAAGAAUAAAUUGCUUACAUCCGAAGGACGCCUUGCAGAAAUGGACGGAUUAAAAAGUGACACACAAAAAAGACUUGAGGAAUUAAACGAGCAGCUAGCUGAUGUUGAAGAUCAGAAUGCUGAGAUUCAGCGAGCAAAGAAAAAGGUUGAAGGAGAAAUUGAUGCGUUAAAAAAGCAAAUACAAGAUUUGGAAAUGAGCGUACGUAAAGCAGAGAUGGAAAAACAAUCGAAAGAUCAUCAGAUUCGAUCUCUUCAAGAUGAAUUACAGCAGCAAGAAGACACAAUCACGAAAGUGAAAAAAGAAAUUAAGCAUCAAGAAGAAAUGAACAAAAAAAUCAUUGAGGAUUUACAAAAUGAGGAAGAUAAAACAAAUCACUUAAAUAAAAUUAAAAAUAAACUAGAUCAAACUCUUAUUGAUUUAGAAGAUAAUCUCGAACGUGAAAGACGAGCAAAAUCAGAUGCCGAGAAAUCUAAAAGGAAAGUGGAGGGGGAAUUGAAAAUAGCGCAGGAAACAAUUGAUGAAGCGACACGUCAAAGACGUGAUCUAGAAAAUAAUAUGAAACGAAAGGAAACUGAAAUGAAUGCGCUCAGUAGCAGACUAGAAGAUGAGCAAGGAACAAUUAGUAGAUUGCAAAGGCAAAUCAAAGAAUUACAAAGUCGUACUGCAGAAUUGGAAGAUGAAGUGGAAAAUGAGCGACAAUCUCGUUCAAAGACAGACAAAGCUCGAUCAGACAUUCAACGUGAACUAGACGAAUUGAAUGAUCGGUUAGACGAACAAGGUGGUGCUACUGCAGCUCAAAUUGAAAUCAACAAAAAGCGAGAAGCUGAAUUAGCUAAACUACGUCGUGAUAUUGAAGAAGCAAAUCUGAGUCAUGAAGGUCAGAUUGUUUCUCUGCGGAAGAAGCAUACAGAUGCUGUAGCUGAAUUAACAGAUCAGUUAGAUCAGAUACAAAAGCAGAAGCAAAAACUUGAAAAAGAUAAAACACAAAUCGUUCGAAAUACUGAAGAUUUAGCUGCUCAAUUAGAUGCCGAAAGUUCUGCGAAGGUAAGCAAUGAAAAACUUGUUAAACAGUUUGAGCUACAGUUGAAUGAUUUGCAAGCUAAAUCUGAUGAGCAAUCUCGUCAAUUACAAGAUUUCAAUUUGAUGCGGAAUCGUUUGACGAAUGAAAAUGGGGAUCUCAGCAGACAAUUAGAAGAUGUGGAAGAACAGGUUGCUAGCUUGCAAAGGAUUAAAAUGCAGCUUACACAACAACUUGAAGAUGUUCGAUCCGCGGCGGAUGAAGAAGUCCGUGAGCGACAAGCGCUUGCAGCUCAAGUGAAAAAUAUUCAGAUAGAAGUUGAACAAGCACACAACAAUUUAGAAGAUGAAAUUGAAUCCAAGAAUGAAGUAGCACGACAGUUAAGCAAAGCAAACGCUGAAAUUCAGCAGUGGCAGUCGCGUUUCGAACAAGAUGGCAUGCUUCAAGCAAGCGAAGUGGAAGAAGUUCGACGUAAGCAAGCCAUUAAAAUAAAUGAAUUACAAGAAGCCCUGGAACAGGCCAAUCAGAAGAUUGCAUCUUUGGAUAAGGCGAAGUCACGCUUACUUGGUGACUUAGACGAUGCUCAAGUUGAUGUAGAACGGGCAAAUGCAACAGCCAGUCAUUUGGAAAAGAAACAAAAAGGCUUUGAUGCUCUUGUUGAUGAAUGGAAAAAGAAAACGGAUGAUUUGGCAGCUGAACUUGACGGUGCUCAACGUGAAACUCGUAAUCUUUCCACAGAUUUGUUUAAAAUGAAGACAAUGCAUGAAGAGUUAUUGGAAACCAUUGAAGGAUUACGUAGGGAGAAUAAAGGUUUAAGUAAUGAAAUCAAAGAUCUUACUGAUCAGCUAGGCGAAGGUGGACGUUCUCAGCAUGAUAUGCAGAAAGCAAUCCGUCGAUUAGAAAUUGAAAAAGAAGAAUUACAGCGUGCUCUUGACGAGGCAGAAGGAGCAUUAGAAGCUGAAGAAAGCAAAGUAAUGCGAGCUCAAGUCGAAGUAUCACAGAUUCGUUCAGAAAUUGAGAAAAGGAUACAAGAAAAAGAGGAAGAUUUUGAUAAUACCCGACGAAAUCAUCAGCGAGCGUUGGAGUCUAUGCAAGCUUCGCUAGAAGCAGAAGCAAAGAGUAAAAAUGAGCUCCUUCGGGUGAAAAAGAAGCUUGAAUCAGAUAUUAACGAACUUGAAAUCACAUUGGAUCACGCAAAUAAAGCAAAUGCUGAUGCGCAGAAGAAUUUGAAACGAUGUAUGGAGCAAAUACGUGAAAUACAAGCACAAAUCGAAGAAGAGCAGCGGCAACGCGAUGAAAUGAAGCAGCAGUAUUACAGUGCUGAAAAACGUGCACAAAUGUUAGAAGCUGAGAAAGAUGAAAUUGCCCAAUCAUUGGAGCAAGCAGAAAGAUCACGGAAACAAGCAGAAUUUGAAUCUUCUGAAAGUCGAGAUCAAGCUAAUGAGUUGAAUAUGCAAGUAUGCAAUUUGAGUGCUGCCAAGAGGAAAGCUGAAGGAGAACUGCAGGCAAGAUUUCCUGCAAUACACGCAGACAUGGAUGAGACACUUAAUGAGUUCCGAGCAUCAGAAGAACGAAGCAAGAAGGCGCUAUCUGACGUUGAAAGGCUUGCUGAAGAGUAUCGACAGGAAAAAGAACAUGGUUUGCAUAUUGAACGAAUGAAAAAAGGUCUUGAAGCACAAAUCAAAGAAAUACAAAUACAAUUGGAAGAAGCUGAACAAGUGGCACUGAAGGGAGGCAAGAAAGUAAUCUCGAAAUUAGAGCAGCGUAUUCACGAUCUUGAAAGUGAGCUUGAUGGUGAACAACAUCGUUUUCAAGAUGCUAAUAAAAAUGUUGCAAAAUCAGAAAGGCGAGUGCGUGAAUUGCAAUUCCAAGUAGAAGAAGAUAAGAAGAAUUAUGAACGCUUGCAAGAUCUCGUUGACAAACUUCAGAGCAAAAUUAAGACCCAGAAAAAGCAGUUAGAAGAAGCUGAAGAGUUAGCCAGCUUGAAUUUACAAAAGUAUCGGCAAAUUCAGCAUCAAUUAGAAGAUGCUGAAGAACGUGCAGAAAACGCCGAAAGUUCAGUCUCCAAGAUGCGGUCAAUGAGUCGAACAGCAAUGUCAGCAGCACCGGGAUCAGGGCUACAACAAACUCGUUCCACUACCUUACUGCAUUCAGCAACUCGUAAUCGAGUUUCCAUAAGACCAAAAUGUUUACGAAUAUUUGAUUCAAUUUAUUCAGUUCUUGGACGUUUCUGCUCAACAACCAACGAUAGUGGUGAAUGUGGAGAUGAAACUUUUCCAGAAGUUCUAUCACUUAAACCGGCUGGACUGCAACAGUCUACUGGUGAAGUAAUCUAG